CCAGACAAACUUGAUGAUGUUGAGAUCAAAAGUUUGUGUUUUAUUAUGAAGAUGAUCAGACGCACAGAUGGCACUGCAUGAUGGAAAAGUAUCUGCCUGAUAUCUCAGCAUUGAGGUCACCAAUAAUCCAGACCACAUCUCAUGUGCAGAAAUGCAGCUUUGAACUUGCUGGAAACCUUCACCAUGCUUACUUCCUCUGUUUUCCUGCGUUUUGUUUCCAUGUUCGGAGGCUUUUUGGCCUCAGUUCUCCCAUGAAGACCACUUCUGACCAGACUUCUCCAGACAGUAGAUGGGUGUUCCUGGAGUGACCUCAUCACUCCUCCCACUGCACCACCAUGCCUGAGAUCUUCUAGCACUGCUCAACUGUUCCCACCUUCUCUCAGGAUGGCUUCUCCGUGGUGGGAGGGUUUCACUACGCCGAUGGAAAACCACACCGGGCGCUUGGACAACAGCUGCUUCAGCGCGAUGCCGAACACGGUUCUGAAGGGCGUGAGCUUCGGAGGCGUGCCGGUGGUUUUACUGCUCGACGUCCUCGUCUUCCUGGUGCUGCUUCUGACCUUCUCUUGCAUCAGGAAGAAGCUCUGGGAUUAUGGAAGACUAGCGCUAGUGGCAGAAGCUGAAGGGUUUAAAGAUAUUUCGAGGCGCCGUUACGGUCGGAUGACAUCGUUCAUGUCUACUGAGGAAAGCGAGGAUGAAAGGGGUACAUGUGCUUGGCUGACCUUCAUCCUCACGAUGGAUGAAACGAUGGUGAAAGAGAGGUGCGGGAUGGAUGCGGUGCACUAUCUGUCAUUUCAGCGUCAUCUCAUCAUCCUCCUGCUCAUCAUCUGUGUGCUGUCUGUUUCCGUCAUCCUCCCAGUCAAUCUGUCCGGAAACCUGCUGGGCAAUGAUCCGUAUAAUUUUGGCAGAACAACCAUCGCCAAUCUUGAGAAUGGUGACACACUGCUCUGGGUGCAUACAGUGUUUGCAGUUCUGUACCUCAUCCUCACAGUGGCACUGCUGAGACAUCACACCUCGCUACUGAAAGGCACCCGAAGAGAGACAGCUCGAACAACGCUGUUUGUUUGCUCGGUUCCUCGUGACGCCACCGAAAACAGUUUGAGGAUUCAUUUUACAGAAGCAUACCCGUCCUGCAGAGUGAUGGACGUCCGUUUAUGCUACGACGUGACCAAGCUGAUCUACCUGACGAUCGAAAAGAAACGUGCGGAGAAAAACCUGCUGUAUUACCGCAAGGUCCUCGACUCCCAAGGGCUGCAGGAAGUCAUCAACCCCGUGCUUUGUGGGCAUGUCUGCAUCUGCUGCCCGUGUGAAGGGUGUAAAGGGAUCGACGCUAUCGAAUAUUACAGCUCUCAGGUGUCUCGACUCGAAGAGGAACUGGCCAGGUAUAAAGACCAUGCCAUGCCACGGCCGCUGGGAAUGGCCUUUGUCACACUCCAGACAGAAUCCAUGGCGGCUUACAUUCUGAAAGAUUUUAAUGCCCUCGAAUGUGGAACCGGUGCUCAGGAAAUGUCCAGAGUGAGAGGACUUCCAUGUAGAUGCCAAAAGGAGCCUCAGCCUUCGUCCAAAAGCGAGGAGCUGAGAGUGAGAAAGUGGCACGUGAGCUACGCGACGCAUCCAAACAACAUCUACUGGGAAAACCUCUCACUGCGCAGCUGGUUUUGGUGGUCUCGAGUUCUCCUGCUGAAUACUUUGCUCUUCAUCCUGCUAUUCUUCCUCACCACUCCUUCCGUCAUCAUCUCCAACAUCGACAAGUUCAACGUCACAAAACCCAUCCACUACUUGAAUAGUGCUGUCAUCAGUCAGUUCUUCCCAACUCUGCUCCUGUGGUCUUUCUCUGCACUGCUGCCCACUAUAGUCUAUUAUUCUACGCUGUUGGAGGCCCACUGGACCAGGUCGAGUGAGAACAUGAGUAUGAUGUACAAGCUCUACAUCUUUCUGCUCUUCAUGGUGCUAAUCCUGCCAUCGCUCGGCCUCACCAGUUUAGACGUGUUUUUCCGAUGGCUCUUUGAUUCUCAGUCCGAUCGGAAGCUGAGGUUCGAGUGUGUGUUUUUGCCAGACCAGGGUGCUUUCUUUGUGAAUUACGUGAUCGCCGCUGCGUUUGUCGGUUCGGGGAUGGAGCUGCUCAGACUGCCGAGUUUACUGCUUUACACCGUCCGCAUGGCCCUCGCGCGUUCUGCUGCAGAGAGGAAAUAUGUUAAACAGAAUCAGGCGUACCAGUUCGAAUACGGCGCGAUGUACGGAUGGACCCUGUGCGUCUUCACAGUCAUUAUGGCCUACAGCAUCACGUGUCCAGUCAUAGCACCAUUCGGUUUUCUGUAUAUAAUCCUAAAGCACCUGGUGGACAAACACAACCUGUACUUUGCCUUCCUGCCUGCCCGCCUCGAACGCCAAGUGCACCUGGGAGCUGUCAAUCAAGCGCUGGCUGCGCCUAUCAUCUGCCUCUUCUGGCUUUACUUCUUCUUCGUCCUCAGGGCAGGAUUCAUGGCCAUCACGUCUCUCUUCACAAUGGUGGUCCUGUUUGGGACCAUUUUCAUCUGCAUCAGUUACACCUGCUUUGGGCACUUCAAGUACCUCAGUCCUCAUAACUAUGUUGUAAAGGAAGAAAAUGAAGACUCGGAUGCAACUGAAAGCUCCAGUAAUGCUGUCUACCUUCCCGAGGUUUUAUCUGCUGAAGAAGCCUCUGAGUCUCCCGCUCAGGUCAGCUCCCAGCCCUCGUAUGGCACCACAGACGUGAGCCCGGCUGUCUUCAGCACGCCAGGAGAACAGCAAGACUAAGACACCGUGUCACGAUUCAGACAAUGAUGAUGUCUGAAAAAAAUCUGACUUCCAGAUGCAGGCCGUCGUUUUUUAUUUUCAAAGACGAGGAGCAUCAGGCGAUUAUUCCUCCUGCACAACGAGUAUUUCUCCUGAUUAUACCUGUGUUCAACAAAUUAUUUCAUGCCAUCUUCUCUCAGAACUGUUCUGUGUGGCCCCUGGGCAUUAGAUACAUGUGCUUCUUUUUGAACAUCUCGUUCCACAUGUAGUUCCCAUUUACUGUUCUAAUAACCUUCACUCUUCUGGGUAGAUGUUGGAGGGUGCUUAUGCUUGAGAUUUUCUUUUCACAACCGCUCAUUUCCUUUGAUCCAUCCAUCCAUCCAAACAUACAUCCAUCCAUCCAUACAUACAUACAUACAUGUACUUUCAUAUCCAUCCAUGCACCCAUCCAUCCAUCCAUCCAUCGAACUGUCUAUCAAGUCACAUCCCUCCAUCCAUCUAUACAUACUUAUAUCCAUCUAUUCAUUUAUCUUUCUUUCCAUACAUGUACACUCAUAUCCAUCCGUCCAUCUAUCCUUCCAUUCCUAACCACUCAUCUCCAUCAAUCCAUUGAGCUGUCUAUCAAGGCACAUCCCUCCAUCUAUCCAUCUAUUUAUUCAUCCGUCUAUCAAGUCACAUCCAUGAAUCAAUCCAUUCAUCCAUCUGCACUCCUAUCCAUACAUUCAUCCAUCCAAACAUUCAUAUUUACUCAUAUCCAUCCAUCUUUUCAUGUCUAUUCUUUUAUCUUUUUUCUUUCAUAUCCUUCCUUCCAUCCAUCCAUCAAUCCAUAUCCAGGUUUUUGUUCAAGUAAAGGAAAAACAAAAGCAUAAGAACCACAUUAUGGGUAAAUAGUCCUGCUCUUUUCUCCGGUCAGUAAGCGAGUGUUUGGAAGGAACCCACCCUGAUCCCACACCGUUUACUCGGAGCUCCACUGAAGGGCGUAACACAAAAAAACACUCUUUAUUUGGAUCUUGUUUUGAGCAGAAGCAGCCAGAUGUGUGAUUCUGGGUUGAAAGUGAAUGAGUUCAUGAGCUCGACAGCUGUGUUCGAAACAACUGAUUACAUUUACUGUCAGUAUAAUGAAUGUGUGUGUGUGUGUUGUGAUGUGAUGUGAUGUGAUGUAAUAUCUGGUGGAAUGAUGGAGUGGUUUGAUGUUGUAAGUCGAUGCUUCUAAUAUUUUAUGAUCAGAUUUCUUACAAAUAUAAAAUGAGUCUCUUCUA